AUGUAUCAAAAGUUGAAGAAGACCUUUUCGACCCGCAAAGCUUCAAAGUCGAGCAACGACUAUACCACACGGGAUGCAGAAAAUGCUGGACAGAUGCUGGAUAAUACGCUUACAGCUACACCAGUCAGCAAGAGAAGUUCUGGAUCCCGCAACAGUGGUCUUACACCACCCUCACGCACUAACCCGCUUGCCUCGGCGUCGCCUGCUACACGGAGGCCUAACAGUUCAAGUAUAAAUCCCUUCAGUUCUAAUCGUGAAGCCCCGCCGGCUUAUACGCCAGGCCCAGCCCAGAACGUUCAUGCAGCAAAUUCAGCUCCAGCUAUCGAUCCCACGGACGAUGAUCCUUAUGACUUCCUCCGAACCUUCGAUACAGUCUUUCUAAUUGACGACUCAGGGUCCAUGGCUGGUCGUUCUUGGAAGGAGACUGGCAAGGCUCUUGAAAUGAUUGCACCGAUUUGUACUCAGCGCGAUGCUGAUGGAAUCGACAUCUACUUCCUCAACCACCCAGACUCUAGUCUUUACAAGAACGUCACAUCAGCGAGUACCAUCAUUGAGAUCUUCCAGACUGUGCGUCCCAGCGGUGGUACACCAACCGGUCAGCGCUUGAAUAAGAUCUUGAAGUCAUAUAUUCGGCGAUUUGAAAAAGACCAGAGUAUCAAGCCCAUGAAUGUUAUUGUCAUCACCGAUGGUGUGCCAUCUGAUGACGUCGAAUCCGUUAUCGUCUCAGCCGCCUUGAAGCUCAAUGCGACACCCGCAGAAUUGUGGCAAGUGGGUAUUCAGUUCUUCCAGGUUGGGAAGGAACCCGGUGCGCGAGAUCAUCUCAAGCAGCUUGAUGAUGACCUACCUGAACUGGUGCGCGAAGCGGGCGAUGGGACUCGUAGAGAUAUGGUGGAUACGGUGCCUUUCACUGGUGAAGGGGAUACUGAGCUUACUGGCGCCGGAAUACUGAAAGCAGUGCUCGGAGCCGUCAACAGGCGCUGGGAUCGUAAUUCCAAGGACUUACAUCGUGCCUAG